UUGAGGUCCCAUAAUAGUUUUUAUUAAGUUAAAUUAACUUUUUUUAAAUUAAGUUAAAUAAACUUAUUUCAUUUGGUGAUUUCCACUGUUAGGUUUUACAAUGUUAAAAAUAUAUAUUUGAAUAAAGGGUGAGGACAUUGUCCUAGGUCGGACAUCACUUUUGGCCACUACUGUACAAUUAUAACAACUAAAACAUUAAUACACAGUCUGUAAAAACAGGUUUUACAUCAUGAAGUUUUAGCAAUAAAUAUGAAUCAUUUUUACAUUUUGGUAAAGAAUUAGUUACAGGUAAUGUGUUUGACUCUGAGGGGUGUCAGUGUGCAUUACCCAACCCGUGGCCCUCUUGUGGAUUCAGAUGUCAGUGCCACACACGACCAGUGACAGAUAUGGCAUGAUGAACCUGCUGGUGGGUUGCUGGGUUAGUGGGGGAUGGGGGUAUGUAAGGAGCAAAAGAGAGAGAAUAAUGUGAUGAGAAAUCCAGACAGAGGCCUGACAUAAACACUUCAUGGGAAACGGGAAAUACCUUGGAACAAGAAGACAAAAUUUUGCUGGAAGGAUGGUGUUACAUCCACAAACAAACGACUACCCAUGUGCAGGAAUUAAAGGAUUACACAGAGAAAGCACAAAAGCAAAGGUUAAGAUGCCAGAGAAAGUGUGCAAGUUUCAGGGUCAGUGUUAUCAUAAACUGAAGAGAGCAUGUUUGAGGCGAGGCACUCUGUUCAAAGACCCAUCCUUUCCUUCAUCAACUGAGUCAUUGUUUUAUAAAAGAGCGCCCCCUCCAGGACUGACAUGGAAGAGACCCAGGGAAUUAUGUAAGGACCCACGACUAUUUGUGGAUGGAAUCAGCACAAGAGAUCUGCACCAGGGCAGUUUGGGUAACUGCUGGAUGGUGGCGGCCACAUCCUGCCUAGCAUCAGAACCCUCACUCUGGAAGAAGGUGAUUCCUGACCAUGCCGAGCAGGAGUGGAACCCAAAACGUCCAGAUCUGUAUGCUGGAAUUUUUCACUUUUGUUUCUGGCGACUGGGCCAAUGGACAGAUGUUGUUGUAGAUGAUCGUUUACCGGUGGGUGAGGAUGGAACGCUGCUCUUUUGUCGUUCUGCAACACCACGGGAAUUCUGGAGCGCUUUACUGGAGAAAGCCUAUGCCAAGCUCAAUGGGUGUUAUGAAGCUCUAGAGGGAGGUAAUACAGCUGAAGCUCUGGUUGAUUUUACUGGUGGUGUCUCUGAACCUCUCAUUCUGGACCAAGAGGAGUUGAUGCAGCAUGCUGACAAGAGGAAGAUGCUGUUCCAGACACUAGCCUAUGCCCACAACCAUAAGUCACUUAUAACCUGCUCCAUUCGGCCAGCAGAAGGCGAGCAAGUAGAAUCAGUUCUGGACUGUGGAUUGAUAAAGGGGCAUGCAUACGGUGUGACUGCAUUCAGAAAACUCCGUACAUCAGAGAAUCUGCAUAUCAUGUGUGACACACCCCAUAUAUUUAUGGUGCGGAUGAGGAACCCAUGGGGCACAACUGACUGGACAGGAGCUUGGAGUAUCGGGUCUCCUCAGUGGCAGCAUCUGGGGAACAAGGAUAAGGAAAAGAUGGGGCUUAUUGUCAGAGAUGUGGGAGAGUUUUGGAUGGAAUUUGAAGACUUCUGCAGUUACUUCACAGACAUGGUGGUAUGCAGAUUGCCAGAAAAUUCCCUUCUCUGGCCCCAGGCUCACUGGAGGGAGGUUCGAUGCAUGGGGGCAUGGACUUACAAACUUGUAAUCCCACACACACGAUCCUGUUCUGAUCAUCUGAACAUUAAGGCCCAGAAGCCCUCCACAGGGCUUCAGUGGUCCAAACAAAUGCCAGCGCAGAGAAGAGAACAAAGUAAGCAACAACUAAGUGAAAGACAAAAGGAGGAACACUUUCAAGAAGAAAAAUGGAAAAAAAUAGAAAAUCAAGAAGUCAAGGCAAGUACGUUAAGGAGGGGACACAGACCCUUAAAAGCUGAGUGUAAGAAAAAAACAGGAGUAGGUGAGGGAAGAUGGGAGAGACAAACGGACAAAAGAAGUCGAUGUGGAGGGUGUAUCAAUCACAGAGACACGUUUCUACACAACCCCCAGUUUAUGUUUGUAGUUGGUGGAGAUGGGGAUGAGGUGUUAAUUUCUCUGCAGCAGGAGGACAGGAGGAUGAAAAGGAAGGAGGGAAGAGGAGAGAACCUACCAAUCGGCUUUGAGGUUCUUAGGGUGGAGGCAAAUCGUGUGUUGCGGGUACAGUGUUUAUGUGAGCAGGCUGCUAGCUCAGUGUAUAUGGACUCUCGUAGCGUCACACUGCGUGUGUCCCUUGGUCCUGGUCGGUACGUCAUCCUCCCCACCACAUUCCAGCCUGGAGACACUGGACAGUUCCUCUUGCGUUUUUUCUCACACUCACAUGUGUGCCUCAGAGAGUUGAAGGAAGAACUACCUGCUCCUUCAUUGUGGCAGUGUUGUAUUCCAGAACCCAGUGCUGUAACUACAGUCCAUUUGCUUAAGGCAUCUGGCCUCAGCAAACCCAAGCAAACAGCCCCUGAUGUGUAUGCUAUCAUCCGGUGUGAAGAGGACUCUGUCAAGACUCAAAUUUUCACAAAAGAUGGAAGCCCUGAAUUUAACACCAAGGCCAUCUUUUACAGCAGAAAUCCUAAAUCCAAAAUCUUCAUUGAGCUAUGGAGAAAAGGUUUGCUGUGGGACUCCUUCCUGGGUGGAGCACAAUUUCAGACAGGAAGAAAUGAACGAGGACGGAACAGAGUGAUUGAUUUGCAGGGUGGCCAGUCACAAGGCUGUGUUGUUGUUGAGACGUCCUCAAGCCAGUGCCUUACUGACCUGUGACUGACAGGUGUGCUCAAGGUAAUGGCCGGUAGUAAUUCUGUCUGACUAAAUAAACACUGCAAAAAUGUCUGCCAUUACUGUAUCAUUUACAGGAGGUUUAUAUUUAUUACCACACAAUAGUAUUGUCAUUAAACAAACAUUUUGACUUUGAUACUGAUACUGAAUUGAUACCAAAACUAAAACAAUAGGAAAAUAAUUGAUUAAUGGAUGAAUGAAUAUAUGGAACCUAAAAUUAUUUUUACAUUG